AUGGUUACGCUGCCUCUUAAAGUAAUGGUCGACAAAGAUAAUACAAAGGUGUUAUUCGCGGAAGCCAACAGCGAUUUCGUAAACGUUUUGUUAAGCUUCCUCGCGUUGCCUUUGGGCAUAUUUGCGAGAAAAUUCUAUGUAAAAAGCCUAUACACUUUAUACAGAGGUUUAUACAAUAUGGAUGAAUCCUACUUUAGCGUUCGAGGCGCUAAGGAGAUGCUGCAAAAUCCACGAAGUUGUUUCAGAGCUGAAUGCCGCAAACUAGUGCUUGAUAUUACCGGCAGCCUCCCCAAUGAUUUCUACGUUUGUUCGGACAAAGAAUGUCCUAAAACUGAAGCAUACAAGAAUGUCAGCAUGUAUUCUGAUAUAGCUACAUGUGCCUGUGGGAGAUCGUUGAGCAGAAAAAUAAGCGUUGGGGAAUCUGUUGAUGGAGCUUUCGUAACCAAUCCUUCGUCUUUCAUCGUCACCGGUGAUCUGCGUGUGGUGCCUAUUUUAUCUGGAUUGUUUCAAACCCUCAGCAAUCUUGGCAUUGCAGUCACUCAAGGUGCAUCCAUGAGGAGUAUGAGUUUUUAUAUUGAUGAGAUUGAAAAAUUGUUCGAGUUGUGUUUAACUUCUGCAACCCCUUUGGACGACAUGAUAUUCAAGAAAACUGGCUUGAGCUCCACAGUCUCCACUGCUGCAAAACCUGAGCCUGGGAUCAAUCUGUUGCGUCACAUUCCGAAGGAUAAAGCUCACUCUAGAGAGAUUGUUCUAAAAGUUUUCUUGCAGGAAUCAACGAAUAAAUUUUUGUAUGCAGAAGCUAUGGAUGAUUUCGUGGAUCUGCUUUUUAGCUUCCUCACUAUUCCAAUGGGAGGAGUAGAGGUCCUUCUUGGCGGGAACACUGGUUUCACAGGCAUUCACAAUUUAUACAGAAGCGUAUGUGAUGACUUCCAUGAUAAGUGUUUUAGGACUCCAGAGAUUCGAAAUAGGCUCAUUGAUGCAAAGCUACCUCACGGUUAUAUUUCGAAAAACCAGUUUUUACCCCUCAGUGAAGAUAGUAUACCUAAUCUAUAUUACAGCUCAGUUAAUUGGAGGAUGGAUUUGGUAAUUAAAAACACUUCUUUUGAUGAGAAGGUAGGCAGUAUGAUUAACCAAUUCAAAUACUCGAGGGAAUUAUUUGUCAAGAAACAUACAAAGUGUAUAGUAACUGAUGAUUUGAAGGUGGAUCCUUGUUUGUCUACCGCGUUUUUUAUUCUGAACAAGCUUGGAAUCCCUCUCUCGGAUGUGAAAGAAAUGGAGUUGAACAUUGGUUUGGAGGAGGCAUUGUGUAUACUGAAGGCUUCUCUUACAUCAACAACGGUUUUAACUGAUGUCCUUGUAAAACCUAUGCUUACAAAAAGGCAAAAACUAGACAAGCAGACUAAGCAAGAACCCUAA